GUCACAUCUUUGGAGUCUUUGGUUAAGUUUUUCUCCCAUAAGGCUUAAAAAUGGAGUAAGAAAUCAUAAUUUCACCAGUAGCCCCAUCUAGAGUUUGGAGCAAAUAGCAUAAAAAAUGUCAGUUGUCGGUUUUGACCUUGGUCAUUCACAUGGAACCUCUAUGUGCUUUGUGGAUACAUCGGUUUAAGGUGGAAUCGACCCAACUGAUUGCUUGAUUGCUCAUCUAGCUAUAGAAGGUCUUUGAGCAUUCGGAUAAACGUCACUGUCAAUGCCAUUACUGUCAAUGUCAGUUUGACAUUUUUAAAUCGUACACGUAUUUGUGGUAAAUUAUAACUAGUUUAAAAAUUAUUUUAAAAUAAUUAAAUAAAAUGACUUCCUUGAGGCAAAAGCAAAUAAGCGCAAUAAAGCAAAUGUUGAAUCUAAAUCAACCUCAGACAAAGUUAACAGCCUCUGAGCCUGUAUGGAAGAUACUAAUUUACGAUAGAAUAGGUCAGGAUAUUAUUUCUCCAUUAAUUUCUGUGAAGGACUUACGAGAACAAGGAGUAACGUUGUUUGUCCAAUUGCAUUCGGAUCGGGAUCCGAUCCCCGAAGUUCCAGCAGUUUAUUUUUGCGCUCCCACAGAAGAAAAUUUAGAUAGAAUAAGUCAGGAUUUACAACGUGGCAUCUACGAUAUAUAUCAUCUUAAUUUUAUUUCUCCUAUAUCUCGACAAAAAUUGGAAGAUUUAGCGUCUGCCGCCAUAGCUGCUAAUUGUGUCACGAAUAUACAUAAGAUAUACGAUCAGUAUGUUAAUUUUAUUUCACUGGAAGAUGAUCUAUUUGUUCUAAAACAUCAAAAUAGUGAUAUUAUAUCUUAUUAUAGUAUAAAUAAGGGAGACAUCAAAGAUACAGAAAUGGAAAAUAUUAUGAACAAUAUCGUUGAAAGUCUAUUUUCAGUAUUCGUCACUCUAGGUAAUGUGCCAAUCAUCAGAAGCCCUAAGGGCAACGCGGCUGAAAUGGUAGCAAAAAAAUUGAAUAAAAAGUUAAGAGAAAAUCUUUUCGACACUAGAAAUAAUUUGUUCAUUUCCGACGCUCAAUCGGCCAAUUUUAAUUUCCAAAGACCUCUAUUGAUAAUUCUCGAUAGAAAUGUAGAUAUGGCGACGCCGUUGCAUCACACUUGGACUUAUCAGGCUUUGGCUCACGAUUUGCUUGAUUUGGCUUUGAAUCGAGUCGUUAUUGAAGAAUCAAUUCCAACAGGAGGCGCCAGGGCGAAAAGUCGUAGUUGCGAAUUGGAUUCUAGAGACAAAUUUUGGUCGACCCAUAAAGGAAGUCCGUUUCCCACGGUAGCAGAGGCUAUUCAGGAGGAAUUAGAGCAAUACAAAUCCUCGGAAGGGGAGGUUAAAAAGCUUAAAACCUCUAUGGGUAUCGACGGAGAGAACGACAUCGCUUUAACCAUGGUAUCUGAUAAUACAGCAAAAAUUACUUCAGCUGUUAAUUCUUUGCCGCAACUGUUGGAAAAGAAACGUCUCAUUGAUAUGCACACUUCGGUUGCUACUUCUCUUCUCAAUUUCAUUAAAAUCAGAAAGCUCGACACGUUCUUCGAAUUAGAAGAGAAGAUCAUGAGCAAAGCUCAAGCUUUGGAAAAACCUCUGCUGGAUAUUUUGACUGAUCCAGCGGCUGGUACUGCUGACGAUAAAUUGAGAUUGUUUAUUAUAUUUUUCAUUUGUAUGUCGCAUCUUUCCGAGCAGGAUCUUCAGAAAUACGAAACGGCUUUGACUGAGGCUGGGUGUGAUCUUUCGCCGCUUGUAUACAUUAAAAGAUGGAAGAGUUAUAGUAAGAUGGCGACUGGAGGUGUUAUUAAUCAAUACGAAGGAGCUGGUACGAAGACUGUUAGUAUGUUUUCGAAGUUAGUUUCUCAAGGAUCUAAUUUCGUAAUGGAAGGUGUGAAAAAUUUGGUUAUUAAACGACAUAAUCUUCCUGUAACGAAAAUCGUUGAUAACCUCAUGGAGUUCAAAAAUAGCACCGAGGUAGAAGAAUACCAUUAUUUAGAUCCGAAACAAUUAAAAUUGACAGAAAUACCAAGAAAUAGAUCACCAUUCCAAGAAGCCAUAGUGUUCGUUGUAGGCGGCGGCAACUAUAUAGAAUAUCAAAAUUUAGUAGACUAUGCAAAGGCGAAAACUACAGCAGGAAAUACAAAACGAAUAUCAUACGGAUCGACGACGUUUAACAACGCUAAACAAUUUUUAAAGCAACUCGCUUUGUUGGGACAAGAACUUUAACUUUGUUACUUCAAAAAAAUGUAUAUAGGAAAUUUCAUUUAAAACAUAUAUAAGUGACUAAAGUUAUAUUUUAGAAUACCAAAAUAUCUUUCAAAUGGCUAAUAUAUGUUAAUAUAAAAAAAGUAAAAAGAAUAUUCCAUUCAGUCUAUUUUAAAAUUUAAUAAAGUUCCAUGUUUCUUAAUUAAUUUGGAAGCUUGUAUAUUUUUUAGUUUUUGGGACAAGGAUAUUAUUUAUUUUCAUAGUUUUCUAUUAAGUUUAUUUUUAGUCCAUUGUAUAUAUCUAGUGCAAAAUUAAAAAAAAUCAAUGGACAUCAAUUUUUUGUGGCCAUUAAUUAUGCUACUUUAAUAUUCAAACUAGUUUUGUCAACUUUACAUAACAAAAGCACAUAGAGGCCUUUUAAGCGACAUUAUUUAGUAAUUAAGUUGUGUAUUAUUUGUUUUCUAUUUUUAAGUAAAGUUCAUGUUCUAAAUACAAUCUUUUAUACAGGUAAAUAAUUUAUUGUUAUAAAAAAUAAAUAUAUACAAAAAACAAGUUUAUAAUUUAUUUAUAAUGAAAAUUAUUUAAUCCAUAAGAUCUUGCAGACAUAAUUAUCCCAUAGAUCUUUUAAUUUUCAUUAUGAAAUUAACUUGAAAGGUACUUCUUCCCGUACGUUUGCACCUUUUUUUCAAAUGCCAGUGAUUUAAUGGGAGUAUCUUCUUCAUAAAAUGGAUUCAUGGAAUGUUUGAUGUAAGAUUCGUAAAUUUCGGAGAAGAAAUUUUUAAUUCCAUCAUCAUUUCUGUUAUCGUGCACGAUUACAAACCUAAUUAGGCUUGCAGUCACAAAUGCAGAUACAAACCAUUGAUUGAAUUUGUCAACAGAUUUUAAAUUCAUGGCGUGUGUUUUCCAUUUAUGUUCGUCUAUUAGAUCUAAAGCUGAAUGAGCGAUAAAC